AUGGACGCGUACAAGAAAGUCGGAAACAGGGAAGAUGCACCACCAAAGCACGAAAUGGUACACUUCGCAGGUCUCCUGAGUGAAAAGAGGAGUUUUGGAGAUUUCAGAACAGUCCUACACACCGGGCUAUACAGUGCGUUGCCCUCCAUCCCCUUCCCUUUCCCUUACGACUCUAACACCCACCCCCCAGGCCAGCUCGUAGCCAUGGAAAUCCCACCUCACGGCGAAAUCGGCGACGAAGUCCACACGGUCGAUCAAAUCCUGCUCUUCACAUCGGGCCGCGGCCUGGCCACCGUCGCGGGAAAAAACCAACAAGUAAAAGCCGGCGACGUUGUUGUUGUGCCGGCGGGGACGCAGCACCAAUUUGUGACUCAGGGCGAGGAGCCGCUCGAGUUGAUUACCGUGUAUAGCCCCGCGGAGCAUCUGCCGAGUAGCGUGCAUAAGACUAAGGAGGAGGGGGAUAAGGCUGAGGAAGAUGGGGUUGAUGAGGCGCCUGAGUGGGCGGGGAGGGGGAAGAGUGAGAAUGAGAAGGAUGGUUUGGUUAAGGAGAGUGGAAAGUAUGAAUGA